AUGAGCCAGGCGGACGUGUCCACAUGCUCGGCCCCGCAGAGGGUGUUCCAGGAAGCGGUGAAGAAGGGCAACACCAAGGAGCUGCACUCGCUGCUGCAGAACAUGACGAACUGCGAGUUCAACGUCAACUCGUUCGGACCCGAGGGCCAGACGGCCUUACACCAGUCCGUCAUCGACGGCAACCUGGAGCUCGUCAAGCUGCUGGUCAAGUUCGGCGCGGAUAUCCGACUCGCCAACCGCGAGGGUUGGAGCGCCUUGCACAUCGCCGCCUUCGGGGGGCACCAGGACAUUGUGCUAUACCUCAUCACCAAGGCCAAGUACUCCUCUGGGGCCCGGUGA